CCGCGCCGACCGAGUCGGCCGGCCACCUUGCGGCGGGUCCCGGCUGCCUCCGCGGGGGAGGGGCAGGAAGAUGGCGGAGGUGGUCGUGGGCAGGGACAAGUGCGGGGAGCAGCGCCUCGUGUCGCUGCCCCUGUCCCGCAUCCGGGUCAUCAUGAAGAGCUCCCCCGAGGUGUCCAGCAUCAACCAGGAGGCGCUCGUGCUCACGGCCAAGGCUACGGAACUCUUUGUUCAGCACCUAGCCACCUACUCCUACAGACAUGGCCGUGGGAAAGAAGCCAAAGCGCUUACUUACAAUGAUCUGUCCAGUGCUGCAGAGGAAUCAGAAACUUUUCAGUUCCUCGCAGAUAUAUUACCAAAGAAGAUAUUAGCUAGUAAAUAUCUGAAAAUGCUUAAGGAGAAGGAUGAAGAGGAUGAGGAGAAAGAUGACGAUGGCGAAAGUGAUGAUGAUGAAGCAGAAUCCUAAACCCAAAACAAAAUGCUUUAAAAGUCAGCCCGGUGAGGAUCCUCUUGGAUUAGCACAACACUGUGUGACUUUAGUCUUCACUUUCCAGAGACUUCGAAGACACUGUAUUCUUUUCUGGCUGAGAUGGAGGACCUCAUGCACCUACACCAUAACGAGCCAAAAGGAAAGUUGUCAGGCCCAGUGUUGGUGGAGGCACCAAGCAAGAGCCUGUCCACCAACAACAUUUCUGCUUAACUUCCAUGUAAAGGUGGAGCUCAGAGAGCUUCUGAACAUCAGUGAUGUAGGAAAGGCCACACCCGGUUUUAGUUCUGCAUGUAGUUUGUUACGUUUUGUUACACUGUGUGUAGUAUGUUAGUUACAUUUGCAUUUUGUAUUUCAGAAAAAUCUGUUUGAGUAUUUGUCCA